CACAUUUUGUUCCACUUAAUUAUCUUCAUUCCAAGAUUUUUAUGCACCCUGCCUUUUCCUGCAAGAUGGAUUAUGCUGAAACCUUUUUUCUAUUUUAUUUUAUGAAUUGCUAUUUGCUUGCUCAUGUUAAUUGGGGCAUCUCCAUGGUUCUUUUCCCUGAGUUUUUUAUUACUGCUCAUUUUCUCUUAAAUGAAAGUUAUCAUGAUGAAUUUCGAUUUGACUGCCACAAAUGUUGACUUAUGUAAGAGCUUAGAUUAGAUUUUUCUUCGAAUGUGCUUUUUCAAUUGGCACCAUUAAUGGUUAGCACCUUGAGUUCUAUUUAUGGUGAAAAGGGAAAUUAUUGGAACAUAAUAUCACAAUCAUUACUUCCGUUUCUUUGAAAACCCAUUAAUUAGGUUAUGAAAUAAUUUCCGACCUUUCUCAUCUUUCCCAACUUCAAAAGAGUUCCUAUUUUUGUGAAGGUCUUCGUUUUUUCUCCUCCCCCUUCGGUACCUUUUCUUUUCACACUCUGUUGUAUGCUGGUUCAAGAUAGAGAAGUGAAGGAGGUGUCUGAGAUCUAGUAGAUGACAUUUUCUGGUGGCGAUAACUGUAAUGGAGCGAGAUGAAUUAUCCAGCCAAGUCACCUAUUUGUCUAGCUAGUUUUUGGGCAUAACAAGCAGCCUCAUGCAAACAUCCACCAUAUCAGAUUACAACCUGGGGGGAGAAGGUGAUCUCUUCAAGGCACCUGAACCAGUAAUCGGAGAACCAUUAAUGGCUGUGGAUCCAAUGACAGCUGCUAUCUCAAUGAUCUCCUGUGGAGAAGACGUGAUCUCCCCCCAGUCGCUAACAGUAUCUGAUAUCGAGUCGUCUAUUGAGAGUGGAAAGCUCAUCAGUGAGGUUUUCUAUGAAUGCAGAAAGGAUCUUUUGGCACAGCAAGGGAAUGGGACGCCACUCUGUGAUGCCCUGAGUAUCAAGAUUCCGUCUCUACAGAUAGAUGAGAACAUUGUUGUUGACGAGAAGCUGUUUGCAGAGGGCGCACUCCAGAAAAGUCUUAGCUCGAGUUGUCUAAGACCUGUGGACGGUGUGCAUGAGGCUCCACUGAGGCCAAGAUUUCUCGAUUUCCCAGUUUUGGACUUCGGGGCUUUUAAUGGGAUGCGGAGAGCAUUUAGCGAAGGAGACAUCAAGACUCUUGAUAACGAUGUUAAAACAAGUCUAGAGCAGUCCUCGGUGGUGCAACCUCGGGUUAUAAGCAGCUGCCGUUCUGAAGAUCGCAAGGAAAAGCUGUCUAGAUACUGGAACAAGAAGUCCAAGCGAAACUUUGGAAGAAAAAUCAAGUAUGCUUGUAGGAAAGCCUUGGCUGACAGCCAGCCUCGAAUCCGCGGAAGAUUUGCCAAGACGGAGGAAAUGGAAAGCCCUAAGAUGCAGUAAUGUCUGUAUUAUUGAUUAUGGAUAAGGAUACGUAGAAGUGAUCACCAUGAUCAUCAACUCACCUCCCAACCUAUCUUAACAUCCCUCAUAAUGUCCAUCGUGGCUAAACUAGAUAUGUAUAUACUGUUUGUUUAAUGCUACACCAAUACUAUGUAUGAUUUCAUCAAUCUGUAGUUACAAUUUCCCUUUAUUAUAUACUCCAGAUUGCUGGC